UGUCACAAAUCAAGAUGUGAUAACGUUUAAGAAUAGGACGCAGAGAGCUUGAAAACAGAUUUCAGCGGAGGAGCUCACAUGAUCAAAGAGAUGAACCUGGACGAGGACAGCAGCCUGUCAGUCAGCUGCGGCAAUGGCAAACUGAGACAGUGGCUUAUUGAUCAGAUUGACAGCAGGAGAUAUCCCGGCCUGAUUUGGGAAAAUGAUGAGAAAUCAAUCUUUAGGAUUCCCUGGAAACAUGCAGGAAAACAAGACUAUAACAGAGAGGAGGAUGCUGCACUCUUCAAGGCAUGGGCACUGUUUAAGGGAAAAUAUAAGGAAGGAGUCGACAAGCCAGAUCCCCCCACAUGGAAGACCAGACUACGCUGUGCUCUUAAUAAAAGCAAUGACUUUGACGAGUUAGUGGACAGAAGCCAACUGGACAUCUCAGAGCCCUAUAAAGUCUACAGAAUCAUCCCAGAGGAAGCUAAAAAAGGAAUGAAGAUGAGCAGUAUGGAGGAGACACCAUCACAUGUAAAUGCCCAUGGCUAUAUCGCUCCCUAUACAUCUCUGCACAAUCAGGUACCUGGCUAUAUGCUUUCUCAGGAAAGAAGAGACUGGAGGGAUUACUCACCACCAGAACAACAACCUCUUCCUCCACCACAUCACCACGGGUCACAUGCAGAGGUGCAGUAUGGUCAGUGCCACUACCCGUCACCGUUCAGCCGGCCUUGGCCUGGGUCACAUGCAGAAAAUGGUUUUCAGCUCUCCUUCCACACCUACUUUUCAGAGUCCCAACCGCCGGUGUAUUCAAUGGACCACAACAAUACCAUAACAGAUUUCAGCCUGCAUGUGUCCCUAUACUACAGAGAGACUUUGGUGAAGGAGGUUACCACCAGCAGCCCAGAAGGCUGUCGGAUCACCUCUUCUUCCUCCUCCUCUCCAUCCUCUUCCUCUUCUUCUUCUUCCCCAUGCUCAGAGGACAAGUUUCACAACGGGGCAGAAGUCAUCCUUUUUCCAUUCCCGUACCCCGAGUCUCACAGGCAGGGUGCUGAGAUGCUUCCUAAUGUACUGGAGAGGGGAGUGCUUCUGUGGAUGACGCCCGAUGGGUUAUACGCCAAGCGCCUUUGCCAGGGACGAGUGUACUGGGAAGGACCUCUAGCUCCGUAUAUGGAUAAACCGAACAAACUGGAGAAGGAGCAGCCAUGCAAACUGUUUGACACCCAGCAAUUCCUCAUUGAGCUUCAAGAUUUUGCCCAUAAUGGCCGACAUUUGCCAAGACACCAGGUGGUGUUAUGUUUUGGAGAUGAGUACCCUGACCCACAGCGGCCAAGGAAGAUGAUCACAGCACAGGUGGAGCCAGUGUUUGCCAGAAAACUGGUCUACUAUUACCAGCAGAACAAUGGCCACUACCUACGGGCUUAUGAUCACAUCCAGGAACAGAACACAUCUCCAACAAUCGACUAUCCUUCCCAGAGACCUCUACAGCAUAUUCAGGAGUGACACACACACACAUACAUACACACAGACACACACAUGCAGAGCGGCAUGAAUGUGAAUGUAAACCACUGCCCAUUUAUCACGCCUUCCGACUGCAGUGCUGUGUACUGUAAAUUAUAGAAACUGUCAUGGUACUGAGGGGUAGAGUUGGGGAAGACCCUGUUGAUUUCACUUGCACACCUAUGCGUGGUAGACUUUAUGCCUGUGACUGUGGAGUAAUGUUUUUUUUUUUGUUUUUUUUUUCUCUCUAAAAGUAUUAUUGUGACAGUGUGAAGGAUGCGGUUUGAGGGUGGGGGGAUGAGGGGAGCGGAGGGCGACUGAGACAGGAAGUACUAGCACAGGUGCACAGGAAGAAUGGCCCCUAAGACAAACACUGAUAUGUCAAAGAGAUAAAACAAAGCAUGAAUGAAUACCUUUUGUUGUUUUUUUUAUUUAUUGUAUUGUAUAUAAUUCUUCACAUUUGCUUAGCUGAGCAAGUGAACAGUCGACGGUAUCAUUGCUUCGUCCAUUGCAGACCACAAUUCUGGAUUUCAUUGCAAAAAAAAAAAAAAAAGCUACUACUGAAAUGUGAAAGAAAUCGAUGUUAUCACUGGUCUGGUGGUGCAGCAGAGGAAGCUGUUAUCACAAAUUGUUCAAGUCUGGGCUAGUAUACGUAUUGCAGGAAGCAUUUACAGAAAUCUAUUUCUACUAAAUCUGGUCAGCUUUUAACUAUUAUGUCAAACUGGUGAAAUGAAAAUCACAAAGCAGUUCGUAGGUGGCACUCAAGAUAAAUGAAUGAUUUUGUGUGCAGUGCUGACAAGUUUUGAAUUUUGACAGUAAUUUCAAGCCAUAGAGGUUUUGUUUACAUACAUAUCUAAUGGAUUUUAGGAUUAUAUUUGAUUUACUUUCAAGUGCUUUACAAAAAAUUCUUAUAAACAGGAAAAGACAAAGCACAGAAUUGCCCAGUGCUGAAUUGAAAAGUGCAGUGGUUCCCAACCUGGUGCUUGGGACCCCGAAUCCAAGGCUUAUCCAGAUGAUUACAGUGAUAGUACAUUAUUAUAAUUUCUUUUUAUUUGUGGCAUAAAAUUAUGUUUUCUCAUUUAUCGAAUCAUUGCUUUUUUUGACUUAUAUGAAAUAAUGUAUAGUUUUACUUCUUCAGGCCUCUAAAGAUCAUUCAGAUGAAAUCUGAUUUGAAAACCCAUUUCAGUUGAACUGCUGACAACUUAUAGGCAUGAAACUUUGUUUUACCUGAUUGUGGAAGACUGGAGAGUAGCUUAGGCCUCAAGUUCUAUGUUACCAGAAAGAGCGGCCUUGAUGAACAUUAUUGACCUCAAUUCAUGGAAGGAGGUUAACUGGAAAAAUCAUACUCAUCCCGUAACUCGCAAGGAAACUGUUCCUCUUCACCUGAAACUAGAGACCUCACAAAUGAGAAGAAAAACUACCUUUGUGGUCUAUGGUCAACUUCGGCCUGGGAGGAGCUCUUUGAUUCCCAUGCCUGAGGUAUAGAUAUCACACAUGGGAUGUAACAUCUACAUAACAGCGGUCCGAAGACUCUAACAACCUAAUUGGAAAUAUGUGUAUGUCAUAAGACGUACAAAUCCAACAGUGAGAAAAGUGGAAUUCCUCAGGUAGUUGAGUUCCUAAAGGUUGAUGCUGCAGUAGUAGGGAUAAAGUUUUUGUUAUGUUUUUCUUCUGUGGUCCAGAGUUUCGAUCUCUGCAUUUACUUCCUUCACACUCAAACCACAUCACUUUCACAAUGGCUUGAAAAGUCUGACCAAAAUCACAGGCAGGAAUACUUUUUUUUUUAAAAAGUGUGUAUUGUGCAUGAACCAUAAAUCCUUUUCCCCUCAAACAUCUAGAGAGUUACGCUGAUUCUGUGCUGGCUCUGAAACUGUGUUUUAAAUGACUUCACAGUCAGACACUUGACUCAUUCAGAAUCAAGUUCUAAUAGUGAAAAUGUUACCAGCUCCAUGUACAGUGUACUAUUGUGGUAAAUACUGUGUAUGCAUAUGUGUGUGUAGUAAAGGCCAUGUGUGUGCGUAUGUGUGGGUGGGUACAUGUGUGUCACACAGUUGCACUAUUACUGUUGAGAAAUUGACAUUUAUGGACCCGGGAUAAGACAUGUGACUCCCCCACCUACAACAUCAGUGACUCAAACACAGUUUACAUCACGCUUUACAGUUACAGUAAAACAUUCAGAACAAGCGACAGACGAAAUCACAAAAUUAGUGUGCAUACUGAUAAAGGUUUUGUAUGAUAUAUCUGACUGAGGUUAUAAGAAGAUUGAUUAAUAUAACAUUGUCAUAUGGAUAAAUGAUUUAUUUUUUAAAUAAAGUUAUCAAUCUUCUA